AUGCAGAACACUAAACUAUCUGAAUCAAUCGCUUAUCUUGAUUGCAUUUAAAAGAAAAUUCACAAAAUUAAGACUCAUAAUGAAAAAUUGCAAAAUAACAUAAAAUUAUGUCCAUUCCCGCCUGGAAUGCAAAUAAUGGCUCAAAAUCUCUAUCCUAUCAAACUCAGUAUCCCUUUGGCUUCUUUGAACAUUAAAUAGACUAUGUUAGAAGAAUAGAUUUUGUGGGACUUUGAAGAUGAUUAUUCAGACGAGUAAUAAUAUAGAAAUCUCUUUGCUAUUAUUGUUGACUUGUUAGAAGAAAAGUACCCAAAUAAAAUUACUAAGCUAACUGCAUUUGAAACACAUAGUAUAACAAUUUGUUAAAUCAAAAUUAGAAAUUAUUGAGGAUUGUUAAUUUUAAGUAAAAUAAGCCAUUGAGGAUCAUAGGAAGUAUAAACACAUUCAAGAUAUCUUGGCAUUUGAAUCAUUCAUUGAUAAAAACGAUUCGAUGAUUAAUUUACAAAUAACUACAUCCAAAAUCAAAGAGACGAUUUAGUGGGAUUUAGAGAAUGCCUUUAAUUAGUAUUGAUAAUCAUCCUAUUAAUUAGCAUUGACGAAUUCGUACAUGCUUAUUGCUAUGAAAAUAAAUUAGACAAAGAAAACUUUGUUUUAAUCGGAAAUUAAAUUAGGGAAUAAAUAUAAAAGGCGUAUGAGAAAAGAUUUCGUAUUGCAUAAAAAUUACUACUAGAUGAUUAAACAGGUAGAAAAUAUUUCAUUAUCAAAAGAAUUCAAAUAGAAAUUGAUAUCAUUUUUGGAUUAUCCAUCUUUUGAACCUUAUUAACCAAUUAGAGAUCUUCCUUAGAACAAUGAAUUAAAUACCUUUUUCAAAAAGAAUAUUGAAUUUUUGCCACUUGAAUUAUAAAUACACUAUGGAUAAAAACUACAUCCUAAACAAAUGUAAAAACUAAUUUAAAAAUAGACUUGAGUUAGGAGUAGAUUAAGACGACACAAAAAAGUUUGAAAAAGAAUUAAACUAAAAAUCUAAAUAUCUUGAUCAAACAAUCUUAGCAGAUAUCAUAAAUAAGACUAAAUAAAAUUGA